AAACGUUCCAGUUAAACACACGUUACUAAUAUUUACUAAAAUGAACGUAGACUUCACUGAUAAAGUAGUGCUAGUAACUGGCGCGAGUGCUGGAAUAGGCGAGUCCACAGCUCUCCUGUUCGCUAAACUUGGCGCGAAGCUGUCGCUGGUGGGAAGGAAUGAGGCUAACUUGCGAGCAGUCGCGGCCGAGUGCGAGAAGCAUAAGGGCGUGAAGCCGCUGGCGAUUGUUGCAGACCUGGGGACUGAUGAGGGAGUUGAGAAGAUUGCCAAGGAGACUCUCGAUCAUUUUAAAAGGUUGGAUGUACUGGUGAACAAUGCAGGUAUAAGCGUGAGGACCUGCAUCCAGCUCGCAGACAUGGCGACCUUUGACGAGGUGUUCAAUGUGAACGUGAGAGGAGUGUAUCAUCUCACCAAGCUGCUGGUGCCAGCACUGAUAGAGGCUGGUGGGAACAUUGUGAACGUCUCCAGUAUUUCUGCCACUGUGGUCGCUGUGGGCAGCUUGCCUUAUGGGAUGGCUAAGGCGGCGCUGGACCACUUCACACGACUGGUAGCUCUAGAGCUGGCACCUAAAGGUGUCCGGGUCAAUGCUGUGAGCCCCGGAGUGACUGUCUCAAACAUAGUAAAGCGGAUAACAGGCUACACAGAGGACCAGUACCAGAGCUGGUUGUCAUCCGUCGCCCCCACCAUUCCAAUGGGGGAAGUUUGCCAAGGAAGUGACAUCGCGCAAAUGAUAGUCCACCUGGCUAGUGACAACAGUCGUCUGGUGACAGGGACGGUUGUCGCUGUAGAUGGGGGAAUGAGGUUCACCAGCCCUGGUAACCUAUUCACCAAGCAGAUGAAAUGAUGAUGGAAAUAUAUCAAUAGAUUUUCGGCUGACCACAUUGACACGAACUCCCUUCGGAGCCAAUUCGUAAGCGAUCAGGCGGCUGAAGUGGUCGAGGGCGGCCUGUCGAUACAACACGUAAUGUUACCUUGGAAAGACUGUACGGCAGGUUCCCAGUAGUGACCAUAGUGGCCAUGAUGCUGGACACGUUGACGAUGUUCCCCUUGGACUCGAUGAGGGCAGGCACCAGCAGGCGCGUCAGGUUGUACACGCCCCGGAUGUUCACGUUGAACACCCGGUCAAACGUCUCCAUGUUCGCCAGCUGGAUGGUCGUCCUGGCUCCCACUGCUGCAUUGUUGACCAGCACGUCUAGCCUGUAAGAUUGACAACAAGGAUUAUUUCUCAAUCCCAUCGUGACAUCAUUGUCCGCAUUCGCCUUUAUUAAUCCUUCCAGCGGUAAUUACAUAUAUCAGUAGGGGUUUGCUUUUUAUUUCCUACAGCUACUUACGUUCCCAGACAGUGUAUGGGUCCUGUAUCCUCUUCUCUUGUUUCGUAUGUUGUAAAUGAUAACAUGAAUUCUGUUGGUUUUUGCUUUAAUAUUGAAUUUUUUGUUCCACGAGUCUUGCAGAAAUCCAUUUACGAAUGAAAAUUAACUAAAAAAGCUUUAGAUACUAGUUUCACGAGAGUAAGUUUUUGUUUUCAAAGUUACAUCACCCACAGCUAGGUACUAUACAAAAUUUUAUCUGGUAUUACUUCAACAUUAACUGGUCUUUAUAUCCUACCUUCCAAAAUGAUCAAGAGUGUCCUUAGCAGUCUUCUCAACCCCCUCGUCAGUUCCCAGGUCUGCGACAAUCGCCAGCGGCUUCAACCCUUUCUGCUUCUCGCAUUCAUCGGCGACAGCUUGCAGAUUAGCUUGAUUCCUUCCCACCAGCGAUAGCUUCGCGCCAAGUUUAGCAAACAGAAGUGCGGUGGACUCGCCGAUACCAGCGCUCGCGCCAGUAAUGAGAACUACUUUGUCGGUGAAGUCCAUGCUGGUCGUGUCUCGCG